CAAUUGAACACGUAUUGAAGCGGUGCAGCCAUGUAAAGGCGAAUCUUCGCUUUCUGUCUCUUCCCAGCAUCCGUAGUCGGUUCGGUAGCUCGGUUGUUUUGCCUCAGUGUUGGUCCAAGGCAUUUGGUGUCAAUUUGAGUACUUGACUUGAGCUGUGGCAUCAUGUCUGACAAAAGUGAGCUGAAGGCAGAGCUUGAAAGGAAGAAGCAACGUUUGGCACAAAUCAGAGAAGAGAAGAAAAGAAAGGAGGAGGAGCGCAAGAAAAAAGAGGCAGAUCAGUUGAAAGAUACUACAUUCCAUCAGGAUGAUUCUGACCUGGAUAAAAAAAGGCGUGAGGCUGAUGCGCUGCUGCAGAGUAUGGGCAUAACCCCAGAUGUUCCUGUUGUCCCUCCUCCAACGUCUCCAACGAACAAAUUGGCGGACACGCCAAGUGAUGCAGGGAGCCAGGACUCUGAUGGAGCCGUGGGACCCAGGAAUCUGCACUGGGACUCUGACCCGUCCACCCUUCAACUUCACUCUGAUUCUGAGCUGGGGUACUGGACACUCUCUUCUCUCCUUUCCUGGCGAGGAACUCAAAAACUGGGAAUGGCCAAAGUCACACAAGUGGACUUCCCUCCGCGUGAAGUUGUGUCCUACACAAAAGAGACCCAAACACCUGUCAUUACCCAGCAAAAAGAAGAGGAAGAAGAGGAGGAAGAGAUUCCACAGCCUCAACCAGUAGUUGAGACGCCGACUGAGAAACCAGAUCAGAAAGAGGAGGAGGAAGCUCCCCCUCACGAGCUCACAGAGGAGGAAAAACUCCAGAUCCUGCACUCGGAGGAAUUUGUGAAUUUCUUCGAGCACAGCACUCGGAUUAUUGAGCGGGCUCUGUCAGAGCAUGUGGACGUCUUCUUUGACUACAGUGGUCGUGACCUGGAGGAGAAGGAGGGUGAGAUUCAGGCGGGAGCAAAGCUCUUUCUCAACAGACAGUUCGUGGACGAGCGCUGGUCCAAACAUCGUGUUGUCACCUGCCUCGACUGGUCUCCACAGUAUCCUGAACUCCUGGUUGCCUCAUACAACAACAACGAGGAAGCUCCCCACGAGCCGGACGGUGUGGCAUUGGUGUGGAACAUGAAGUACAAGAAGUCCACGCCGGAGUAUGUCUUCCACUGUCAGUCUGCUGUUAUGUCGGCAGCCUUCGCCAAGUUCCACCCUAAUGUGGUGGUGGGGGGAACAUAUUCAGGGCAGAUUGUCCUGUGGGACAACAGGAGCAACAAGAGGACCCCCGUGCAGAGAACCCCCCUGUCGGCAGCAGCUCAUACGCAUCCGGUUUACUGCGUGAACGUGGUCGGCACCCAGAACGCCCACAACUUAAUCAGCAUCUCCACUGAUGGCAAGAUAUGCUCCUGGAGUCUGGACAUGCUUUCACAGCCUCAGGACAGCAUGGAGCUGGUGUUCAAGCAGUCCAAAGCUGUAGCUGUCACCUCCAUGUCUUUCCCUCUCGGAGACGUCAACAAUUUCGUGGUGGGCAGCGAGGACGGCUCCGUCUACAUGUCGUGUCGUCAUGGAAGCAAAGCGGGCAUCAGUGAGAUGUUUGAGGGCCACCACGGCCCCAUCACGGGGAUCCAUUGCCACACGGCUGCCGGGCCCUUGGACUUCUCUCACUUGUUUGUUACCUCCUCUUUUGACUGGACUGUCAAGCUGUGGAGCACCAAGAACAACAAACCUCUGUACUCAUUUGAAGACAACUCAGAUUAUGUUUAUGAUGUCAUGUGGUCCCCAACUCACCCCGCGCUGUUUGCCUGUGUGGACGGAGUCGGACACCUCGACCUGUGGAACCUCAACAAUGACACAGAGGUGCCUACUGCCAGCGUCACAGUAGAGGGUAACACAGCCCUCAACAGGGUCAGAUGGGCUCAUUCUGGCAGAGAAAUCGCUGUGGGAGAUUCUGAUGGGCAAGUGCUUGUGUAUGAUAUUGGCGAGCAAAUUGCGGUCCCACGGAACGACGAGUGGACCCGUUUUGUGCGUACGCUGGCGGAGAUCAACGAGAACAGGGAUGAGACGGAGGAGCUGGCUGCCCAGCGCUUGGCUGCAUGAUCCAGCCGCCGUGCACGUGACACUUAAGGGACCAGCGUUGUGCUUGUAAAACUGUCUCAAGACAAAGACGUGACCGGAGGAUGAGGUAAAAGAAGUAUGGACGCCCCCAGAUUUCUUACGCUUUGGAAACUCUGCCUUCUCAAUGAUCUGUACCGUCACCGGUCUUCCUUGGAAUAACACGAGCGACAGGGCUGUCAACCUCAGACACUAACACAAAGCCAUAGCUACAAAGUCCCAACAGCCCUGUUUUCAACCAGAUGCCUUAAAGUUUAAUUUUAAUCACCUGUCUUUAUUUACAGCAUAUUAACACGAGCCUUAAUUUGAAGGGUUUGAGCCCAUGUUCUUUUCAGUUUUUCCACACUGCGUCAUCACGACAAACACUUCUACAGGUACAGUAGCUUUCUCCAUUAUCACCAAAGUAGUAGUGAAGCAAUCACAUCUGAAAACAUCCAGGAAUGUCAACAGCUCAAUGCAAAUUUUGUCAUUUAUGACUCCAAAUAUUGUAGAAGACGUAAAUGUCCAAACUCCACGUGUCUCUGCUUCUUUAUCUUGUCUACUGCACCAGACUGCACGUAAUCAGUUCAGCUGGUUAGACUCAAAAUGGUUGUAAAAUCAUCAAUGCUGUAACUGCUCAGUGAUUUCUAGGUCUGUCAUGUACGUUAAACCCAGUGUGUUUCCCGAAGAGUCUCGAGGUCUGGUGUCAAAACUGAGAAUGUAGUUUUCACACAGUACAAAUGAAUGAUUUAAGUGUUUUAUUUCAAUAAAAUACAAUAAAUACACUUAAAUAAU